AGGAAACAGCAGGUUGAUGGCUCUUCGAGUGACAGUAUAUAGGAGAGCAGAGCUGCCUGUAGCUUCAGCACGGAUUAUCAUCACCAUAAGGAAGUUUGAAACAGUUUGAAGAUGUCCAGUGAGAAGAACCCUGAGGUGGUCGGCUGCGAUGCCUCCAUCAUGAAGAAUGUCUGGGAGAUCAGAGGGCGGGAGUAUACACAGAAGCUUCAGGCGGAGGAGGAAAGAAUAGAGAAGAGCGCCCUGCCUUCUAUUAACCAGGACUGGCAAAAUCGUUUAUCUGCCAGACUGGGAACCUACAAAAGAGUGGAGAGGAAAACUAAACCUGCUGAGGAUCAAAAAGACAACAGCAAUGUCUGGAAGAGCAAGAGACCCCAGGUUCCUCCUACUCUUCCCCGUAGCACAGGUUCAGGUCCACUUGGUAGACCAGGAGGCCAGAGAGGAGGCUUCUCCACUCCAGCAGUCCCCACCUACAAGGACAACAAGGGACAGGACAAGAGUUCAAACAGGCUACAGUUACUCAUGUUCAUCAACCAGACUCAACCUUCUGCCAUCGUGUGGGGGAAGUCAUGGAAGUACAACAAGUGCUUGCCAUCACCAGAAGAGGGUGCUGCAGCUGCAUCAGACUGGGGCAGGUGCUGGAUGUUUGCUACCCAGCAGCCUUACUCUGAACCAGGCAAACCUUGGCUAAACGGGCCCAACAUGACAGAUCCUCACAACCUUCAUCUCUGGAAGAAACCUGACUACAGGAUGGUGGAAUCAGAAGAGCUAGACAUCAGUCUUUCCCCUGAGGAGUGGCAGAUGUCCUGGAGAAAAUCUAACAAAUACAAUAAGAAGGGAGAUGGAUCUUCCAUAAAUGGAGAGAAUGACCCCAAAUCUAACUUCUUCACCUGGUUGGUGGAGAGUCAGCACCGCAAUGAAUCCUUGUACUCAUCAGAGUGGACUGACUCUUGGAAAUCCACUAAGCCAGCAAGUCAGCAGGAUAAUUUCACCGUCUCAAAUGAUAGUGUAAUGAACGAGUCUAUUGGUAACAAGCAAGAGAAGGAUACAGACAUGAGCUCAGAAUGGAAAGAAAGUUGGAGACUUGUCAACCACCAUGGCUGCAACAAAUACAUGUCUCAAGUUAAACAUUCUCACAGUCCAGAGUGGGCCAGUUCAUGGAGAGCAGCUGUGGUGGUCAGCAACAACCACAGGAAUUCUGAUCCCUCUUUAAAACAAGAUCACAGAAAUACCUACAAUGAUUACAGCCAGCAGAAAGACCCACAUUUCCACAAAGAUUUGCUUAUGUCACAUGAGCAGAAAUACAGAGAUAUGUGCAUGCAGCUCUGCAUUGAAUUUAAGGCUCCCUCUGAGUGGAGUAAAUCAUGGCAGGUGACAAAAAACAAUUCUAAACCGUGUGACGAAAUGGAGAAAAUCCUGAAGCUCUCCCAAUCAAGGAUGGAGACAGCUUUUGAGGCUCAGAAGAUGGAGAAGAACACCAAUGGGCAUUAUUCAACAUCAGAAAAAACUGACCCAUGCUAUGAGCAAGUUAUAUAUCACCCAAAGAGAGAAUUCACCCGAUCUAACCUGCUAGAUCAGAAACACCUAAAAAAUGUCUUAUCCACUUCAGAAUGGAGGGACUCCUGGAAGACACUGAAACACAGAAUGAGAAUGGAGAGAAGAAGAAUGAGGCCUGACCCUACCAGGUCUUUUAAGUCAUCUGACAAGGGAGGAGACAUAAAGCCCAGUGCCUCAGAGUGGAAAGACUCAUGGAAAUUCGCCUGUCGUCCUCUGCGUCAGGAGCCUGAGUUUUGGCAGCAGGGUUGGUCCACAAUGUCCCAAGUCCGAGUAGAUCGUGCAAUGGAGCAAGACCACUUUGCACCUGUCGAACUUCCUAAGAAUGGGCCAACUGGGGAACGAAGUUGGGUAGAGUCAUGGAGGUUCUCAAAGCAGCAGCACCGAUCAGACAGACAGGCUACGGCACAAACCAGCCAAGGAAGGUCAAAUGUGGCUUCCAACCAUCCUGUUGAUUCAUGGACAAACAUGUCAGCCAGACACACAAGUCAUGCUAGAUCAGACUGGCAGGAAGCCUGGAUGGUCUCAGAAACUCAGUUCCACCAUGACAAACCCUCCUUAACCCAGUGGAGGGAAGCCUGGAAGUGGUCUGCCUUCAACCCAGACCACUGGGCUGAGCAUGUGCCUCAAGGGCAUGAUAUGGAUGUGUUAAUGGAAAUCCAACCCCAGAGAGAGAGGAUUUCCUUGCAGAGAGCCAAAGCUAAAAUGAGCCGAUCUUUUGAGAGCCAGAUGUUUAAAGAAAGAUAUCCUGAGAAACAAUGGAGCACUUCAUGGAGAACUGGGAAAAGCACUAGCAGCACUACUCAGCAACACCAUACCACUAACAAUGGGCAUGGAACCAAGUGGGGAAUGUCAUUCAGGCUCGCCAACCCCAUGCCCCACAUGGAGCAGCCCUGGGUGGAGUCCUCUCCUAAUCCAUGUUACUAUACAAUCAUGUGGUCAAGAGGAAAAUACAUACAAAAUAACAUCAACACCAACUUCGGAAGCAACCCUGCAACCAUCAGGCUUUGGGGAAGCUCCUAUCGGUUCCUGCAGGGGAUCGGUGCACAGAUCAAAGAUAAAACUAAAUUUAAGGAACCUGUUGACUCGAGGGUGAUUAUAACUAAAAAGACACAAACAAAGAAGCAUUUGUACUCCAACAUAGAGAAGGAGAAACAAAAAGACAGGAAGUGGGCAGGAUGCCACCUGUUGGGUAAAACUCAACCACGUCCCAAAAAAGGCACUGGUUCAGUUAAGAAGAUUCAAAUGGAGAAUGAAAACAAAGACAAGUUCUUUGAAGAGUGGGCUGAAUCUUGGAGGUUCUUGGUCCGGCCUGGUAUGAUGAAAAAGAUGCCUGUCAAGUCGCUCUCAGGUUGGGAUGAGUCAUGGAAGUUCCUUAUUCCACUGUACCAGGUAUUGAAUGGCCCAAAGACCAAGUAGAGGGCAUGGCUCAAGUCAACAUUAAAACAGGACAAAUACAUAUGUGAAUAAAAAAACAACAAAAAACUAAAAGCUGUACCACAUGCAAUUUUUCUUUGUUUCACAGAAUUUAUUUGUGAUGGUCAGGUAUGCAACACUCAAGCAAAAUUAUAAACUAACUGAAUUGAAUGGUAAAAGGUUAGCUUCCAUUGACAUAUAAAAAACAAAACAAAUAAAAAAACAUCACACAUCACUAUCUCCAAUAUCGUACAAAUACAACCAUUAAUAAUAUUCUUGUCAGUUCCUCAGAACAAGUAUGAGUCUCGUUUAAGAGAACUACAGCAUAUUUCAACACACACUGACUAAUGUAGCAAUUAAACCUACUCGUUGCUGUAACUGAUGAUGUAAGGAAAACAAGAAAGAUAAUAAAAAAGAAGAGACUGAUUUAAAGAAGAAAAAUGUAAGUUAAGUACUGAAAUGAGAUGUUGAAAUCUUUGUGAUGCUGGAAAGAAGGAAGUAAAAGUAAGUGUAUUCUUCUAUUUAUAAAAGUACUGUGUUUUGAUUAAAGGAUAUAU